CGCUUCCUUUGCCGUCACUUCCGGGGGAAAAAAGGGAGCAGCCUGGUGGAGGCAGCCGGGGUGGGGCCGUCGUUCACUCUUGUGAGGGAAGGAACAUGGACACUCUGGGCAGGAAGGUGGUCGUCUGCGACAACGGCACCGGGUUUGUGAAAUGUGGAUAUGCAGGAUCCAACUUUCCAGAACACAUUUUCCCAGCUUUGGUUGGAAGGCCAAUUAUUCGCUCAACUGCAAAAGUGGGAAACAUUGAAAUCAAGGAUCUUAUGGUUGGAGAUGAAGCAAGUGAGCUGAGGUCAAUGUUGGAAGUUAACUAUCCCAUGGAGAAUGGCAUUGUCCGGAACUGGGAUGAUAUGAAACAUCUUUGGGACUAUACUUUUGGACCAGAAAAACUGAAUAUUGAUACAAAAAACUGUAAAAUCCUUCUCACAGAACCUCCAAUGAAUCCAACAAAGAAUAGAGAAAAGAUUGUAGAGGUAAUGUUCGAAACAUACCAGUUUUCUGGAGUCUAUGUAGCUAUUCAAGCAGUUCUCACUCUGUAUGCUCAAGGUUUACUCACUGGUGUUGUUGUGGAUUCUGGAGAUGGAGUUACUCAUAUUUGUCCAGUCUAUGAAGGUUUCUCUCUCCCUCAUCUCACCAGGAGACUAGAUAUUGCUGGUAGAGAUAUUACCAGAUACCUCAUCAAGCUGCUUUUAUUACGAGGCUAUGCCUUCAACCAUUCUGCUGAUUUUGAGACCGUUCGUAUGAUCAAAGAAAAACUUUGCUAUGUGGGCUACAACAUAGAACAGGAGCAAAAACUGGCUUUGGAGACAACUGUACUAGUUGAGUCCUACACGCUCCCAGAUGGCAGAAUUAUUAAAGUUGGCGGUGAACGGUUUGAAGCCCCAGAGGCUCUCUUCCAGCCUCAUUUGAUCAAUGUGGAGGGGGUUGGUGUUGCUGAGCUUCUUUUCAACACCAUCCAAGCUGCUGAUAUAGACACCAGAUCUGAGUUCUAUAAGCAUAUCGUGUUAUCUGGAGGUUCCACUAUGUAUCCUGGGCUGCCUUCACGACUGGAACGUGAACUUAAGCAGCUUUACCUAGAACGGGUCCUGAAAGGUGAUGUCGAAAAACUCUCAAAAUUUAAGAUCCGUAUUGAAGAUCCACCUCGUCGAAAGCAUAUGGUGUUCCUCGGUGGUGCAGUCCUUGCCGAUAUCAUGAAAGACAAAGACAACUUCUGGAUGACCAGAGAGGAAUACCAAGAGAAGGGGGUGCGUGUGCUGGAGAAGCUUGGUGUGACUGUUCGAUAAACUCGGAGGCUUAUUCCCGUUCUGGCUUUGAUGCUCUCAUUCCUUUCUUUCCAACCUUUGAACUCAUGCAACUACAUGACAUGGAAAGGCCUGUCUCUGCCCUUCGACCCAAAGGCCGGGUUUUGUUCUGGUCCCCUUUGUUAGAUAUCUGAUAACAUAGCUAUAUUUGACUGCUUAAUUGGACUCCUUCUUUGCAGACAAAACAAGGGCAACAGUGGCCUGUCUACUGCAUUGUUCCUUCCCAGUAGGCAGUUGAGUAAUUCCACUAGGCUUUUUCCUCCUCUUUCCUUUAUUGUAAUGCUGUUGGCUUUUGUCUGUAGCCCAUCGUGCAAGGAAUCCCUUUCUUAGCAUGAGAGAACCUAUGGACAUUAUUCUGUGGUUGUUGUGUCUUAUCUUUCCAUCCUUUUUUUGCCUUCGGUGUCUUUAUAUCUUACUGAAAACUCUGAAAUUAGGUCAAACUGCUAGCUUAUUUUUUAAAUUCUAUUUCAUAGAAUUUUGAAUUCCAUUAAAGAAAAAAAAGGAUCCUGAAAACCAACCAAAUUGGGAAUUGGGUGUUAUAAAUCUUUGAGAAGGAACUAUUAUAUUGCUUUUCCUAAAAGAGCAGCAGUUUGAAUGGAUCUUGCUCCAGGUCUCAACCUCCUGCAUUUUUGUGUCAUAAAUGUAUAUGCCUUUUUUUAUGGUUUAGCGAUAGAUAAUCUGCAUAUUUAGUGUCUUCCAGACUUUUUCCUUCUGUUUGGGCACCAUGUUUUCUUUCAUUGCCAUUGGGUUUAAGGGUUGUUGUUUUUUUUAAUGGGCAAUAUUAGAAUGUCAUCUGGGACUGGAUUUCCUGGAUAUAAUCUAUUCAAAGGAGUAUGUUUUUAAAAAGUCUGAACUUUAAUUACUGGUACAACAUGACAAGAAAAAAAGAACUAUCUUAACUUUUGAACACACUAUAACUCAGUGCCAAGUAAUUAUAGAAAUUUUUAUAUAACUGUUAAAUCUUAUUUAAAAACACCCAGAUAUUUAUAUAUGGAAUUGUUGGUAGGUUGUGAGGAAUGGGCUAUAAUUUGUAACAGUUCAAACAAUAAUCGGAAUCAUAAUCUUGGAAUGUAGGGUUUAUUGUUAACUGGUAAAUUGACCUGUCUAAUUGUGACUUUGGAAUGAAGAGAAAUAAAGCAAGUCUAUGAAAUA